UCCUCUGCUUUAAAAGGGCAACUGCAUCGUGCAGGACCCGAUAGCACCGCCGGCUACCAUUUAGGGUUUCGGCUUGAGAGAGGGAUUCAAUUCGUGAAAGCGAGCUUGGAAGAAAGUUAAGAUGUUUCUGGGAGGGCUUCCUCGUCGGCCGGACAAGGCGACGGCAUACAAACAGCUUAAAAGGCAUCUUACUAUCAUGGGGGUAUGGGUUGCGGUUAUCCGCGUCACUCCCAUCGUUCUCCAUUACCUCACCAAGGAGAAGGAAGAGCUUAAGCUAGAACUCUAGCUAGUUAGGUUUGUCCUAACGAUUGAGGUUUUUUUGUCAGAUUUGUGUAAUAACUUGAUUAAAUUUACACUAUCAUGCCUUUAGGAUGCUAGGGUUUUGCGAUGUGAACUUAUUUAUGG